AAUUGAAAAGAUUAAGGUAAGAAAUUAAAACUGAAAAGAUUAUAUUAAACAAUACAAAGUGACCUACACUGAUAACCUGCCAACUUUUUUGUUUCAACAACUUCACGGAAUCUUAACCGAGUCUUGGAUUCUCUAUUUAAAACGAUGAAAACUUGCAUGAUAUUAAUCAGUUUACAUCUUGUGUCAUCCAGUAAUGAUUAGCAAAGUUUCAAUAAUCUCUAUUCCUUAUAACUGCUAAUGUUUAACUCAACCACAAACGUUUAUCUGUUAUUAAUAUUAUUGUUAUUGUUAUUAUUAUUGGUAUCAGUUGAAAAUUCAAUAGCCAAUUCCACGGAUACAAUUUCCCAAGCAGCUCAACAUCAUGACGAUUCUUACAAGCCUCCUGAGUUCACCAAAGAUGCCUCUGGAAGUGGAGUCAUUUUAUUUCCUUACCAUUUCCCAUCUAAUCAGUAUCCGCCACCAAUACACCAACCUGGUCCACCGAGGAGCUUUCUUCCCGGUGAAAAAAGUCUUCUCUCGCUUGGUUUUGUCGAUCCUUUGGUUUUAAUAGCUGUUAUCGCUUUGCCGAUAUUAACUCUACUCGGAAUCGGAGCAAUCAUGAUGCCACUUGUACCCAUAUUUAUCUACAUGUUAUCUGUAUUUUCACCAGCUGCAGGGAAAAGGAAAAAGCGACAAGUUAAUUUAAAAAUGCCUUUUAUCGACAGUUUACUUCCAAAGUUGGAGAAACUAUGGGCAAGUUAAAUCAUCUUAUACCUUGCGGUUCUUUGUGCUCAGUAUUUUAAUCAAUGUUAGAUUUGAUUAGGCCAUUUCAAUCAAAAUAUUAACUGAGUGAUUGCAUACUCGAUAGCAAUUCAUUUUAGCACCUUCAGCUGAAAUUUUGAUUAAAAUGCUCAGAUAUGUUGACAUUAAUGUAAUAGAUGAAUGUAUUAUAAAAUAAAUU